AUGUCUAAAGUCCUGGCCAUUUUCGGUGCCACUGGUCAGCAGGGAGGCUCAGUCCUCAACCAUGUCCUGAGUGACCCAGAGCUCUUUCGGGAGUACAAGCUCCGCGCCAUCACCCGCGAUGUCAACUCUGAGGAGGCCCGGAAGUUGAAGACAAGGAAUGUCGAGGUUGUGGAGGGCGAUAUCUUGAGCCCUACCUCUCUGGCUACUUCCUUGAUAGGUGUGCACACUGUCUUCGCCAUGACCACUCCAUCCCUUGGCCCCGACGCCUUCGAAGUCGAGCUCGCCAACGCGAAACGGAUCGCCGACGUGGCUGUGGACCAAGGCGCCGAAUAUAUCAUAUGGAGUACUCUUCCCUCUGUUCGGAAUAUCUCCAAAGGCAAAUACACCGCUGUUGUUCCCUUUGAUACUAAGGCUGCCGCAGAGGAGUAUAUUCGCACUCUUCCUAUCAAGAGCGCAUUUCUAUCCUUCGGGUCAUUCAUGGAAAACUACCAGUCGCAACCCUUUCUAUUCCCCACCAAGGCCGAUGAUGGCACCUAUGUUGUUUCCCGCCAUAUAUCGCCCCAGGCGAAGUUUCCUCUACUUGACGCAGUUGAUGACGCUGGCAAGUUCGCAGGGGCUAUUCUCGCUGAUCCAACCAAGUUUGAGGGAAAACGACUCCAUUGUGCUACAAAGCUUUAUACUAUAACGGAGAUCGUCACCCUCCUAUCUAAGAGCUCCGGCAAGACCAUCGUCUACAAGCAGGUCUCUGUCGAAGAAUUUAAGGCAAGCUUGCCCUUCUUCCAGGAUGUUUUUGCGGAGGGAUUUAGCCUUUAUGAUGAGUAUGGAUACUUUGGUCCUGGUACGGAGGAGUUAGUUGCUGAGGGUGCGGCGGUCGCCCGGGGCAGGCUCACCACAUUCGAGGAAUACCUGGAGAGAAACCCCUUCCAGCUCCCAUAG